AAAAUUUGGAUGAAAUUUCCAAUAGCCCACCACCCACCAGCUUACUUUCAACAUUCUUCAAAGCUAUGCAAUGGAAAGCCGUUCCUGAUAGGCGCCAUCCCCUGACGGCAUACCGUGCACGUACCCCAUUGGCAAUGGUAACAGCACCAUAUCACACCAAUAUUCAGUACAGACUAGAAGACCAACCAUUCCGUAAAUACGACGUCUUUGGUCUACGCACAUGGAGCUAUCCAAUAUACAAGUACAUAUAUGGACGAGAUCAAGACUAUCGAAGGCCAUACUCGUACAGUUCAUUCAAUAGAACGUACGGCACAACUUCCCUCUAUACACCACCGCAGUUGACACCAGAAAGCCGUCCAAUCACAUCACGACGCGGUUUUUCUUUUAAAAUAUUUUAAAA